UAACUUUGUCGGAAGCGGCAUUGAAAUUGGAGGGUUAGUGAAAGUUAAACCGAGGAGCCUCUUUAACAGGCGCUCUACUAUCUGUGGGGACUUUCGUGGAAAAGCGAAUUUACAAGCGUCAUCUAUUGUCACAUCGUGCAUUUUCAAACUAGGAUCCACAGAAUUUCAGGACGAUUUUGAAGAGGGAAAAACUUAUCAAGGAGAUACAACCCACUGCCAGCUGUCCUCUAAGCUGCCCCAUCAUGCAAACCUCCUGGUCGCUAUCCUGCUGCCUAGCCACUCUACUUGGCCUGCUAGCUCCCUGCCUCGGCCAGUAUGAGCACCUUGGCUACCCGCUCGGCUACCCAGACCCGGAGCAGGAGCUGUACUCUGCCCCAGAGCUGCCACCUGACACGCCCAGGAUCCAGCUCCGUCUGUCAGGGGACAAACGCAAGCACAACGAGGGACGCGUGGAGGUGUUUUACAAUGGCGAGUGGGGCACGGUCUGUGAUGACGACUUCUCCAUCCACGCUGCCCAGGUGGUGUGUCGAGAGAUGGGUUACCUGGAAGCCAUUUCCUGGUCCCCAUCCUCCAAAUAUGGAAAAGGAGAGGGGCGCAUUUGGUUUGACAAUGUCCACUGCUCUGGGAAAGAGAAGACCCUGGCACUCUGUUCAUCCAAUGGGAUAGGAGUAUCCGACUGCAAGCACACAGAGGAUGUGGGCGUGGUCUGCAGUGACAAAAGGAUUCCGGGAUUUAAGUUCAUCAACACCUUGACUAACAAUGUGGAGAGUAUGAACAUCCAGGUGGAGGACGUGCGUAUCCGUGCCAUUCUGUCAUCCUACCGGAAGCGCGUGCCCGUGACGGAGGGCUACGUGGAGGUGAAGGACGGGGGGAAAUGGAAGCAGAUCUGCGAUGCCGACUGGACCCAGCUCAACAGCAGAGUCAUCUGUGGCAUGUUUGGUUUCCCUGGGGAGAGGAAGUACAACGCCAGAGUCUACAAGAUGUUCGCUCGCAGGAGGAAGCCCAACUACUGGGACUUCUCGGUGAACUGCACGGGGAACGAGGCCCACCUGUCCAGCUGCAAGCUGGGCCACGCCCAGCUGAAGAAGCCCAACGGCACGUGUGGAGGGAGCAUGCCUGUGGUGGUGAGCUGUGUCCCAGGCCGAGCCUUCGCCCCAACCCCCAUGACAGGCUUCAGGAAGGCUUUCAGACAGGAGCAACCGUUGGUGCGUCUCCGUGGCGGGGCCAUUGUGGGUGAGGGCCGGGUGGAGGUGCUGAAGAACGGCGAGUGGGGCACGAUCUGCGACGACAGCUGGAGCCUCCUCUCUGCCACGGUGGUGUGUAGGGAGCUGGGCUUUGGGACUGCCAAGGAGGCCCUGUCUGGUGGCCGGCUGGGGCAAGGGAUGGGCCCGGUUCAUAUGAACGAGGUGGUGUGCUCGGGCUUUGAGAAGUCCAUCACUGAGUGUUUCUUCAACAAGGAGUCUCUGGGCUGCAGUCAUGAAGAGGACGCAGCAGUCAGGUGUAACGUCCCCGCAAUGGGCUUCCAGGAGAGGCUGCGUCUGGGCGGUGGGAGGAGCCCGUUCGAGGGGCGCGUGGAGGUGCUGGUGGAGAGGAACGGCUCCCUGGUUUGGGGCACGGUCUGCAGCGAGGGCUGGGGCACCAUGGAGGCCAUGGUGGUGUGUCGCCAGCUGGGCCUGGGCUUCGCCAGUAACGCCUUCCAGGAGACUUGGUACUGGUCAGGGGAGGUGAGCGCUGAUGCUGUGGUGAUGACGGGGGUGCGCUGCUCUGGUACAGAGAUGUCCCUGUCCCACUGUCUGCACCACGGAGCACACCUGACCUGCCCCAAAGGAGGGGGCCGCAACGCUGCCGGGGUCUCCUGCUCUGAGACUGCCCCAGACUUGGUGCUGAACCCCCAGGUGGUGGAACAGACUACCUACAUGGAGGACCGGCCCAUGUUCAUGCUGCAGUGUGCCUACGAGGAGAACUGCCUGGCCACCACCUCCACCGAGGUGCCGGCCAACUCCUACCGCCGACUCCUCCGCUUCUCCUCGCAGAUCCACAACAACGGCCAGUCCGACUUCAGACCCAAGGCUGGGCGCCACUCUUGGGUGUGGCACGAUUGCCACAGACAUUACCACAGCAUGGAGGUGUUUACUCACUAUGAUCUGCUCAGUCUCAACGGCACAAAAGUGGCAGAGGGGCACAAAGCCAGUUUUUGUCUGGAGGACUCGGAGUGCGACGAGGGUAUCGAGAAGCGAUACGAGUGUGCCAACUUCGGAGAGCAAGGGAUCACGGUGGGAUGCUGGGAUACUUACAGACAUGACAUCGACUGCCAGUGGGUCGACAUCACAGACAUCAAGCCUGGGGACUACAUCUUCCAGGUGGUUAUCAACCCCAACUAUGAGGUGGCGGAGUCGGACUACACCAACAACGUCAUGAAAUGCAGAUGUCGAUACGACGGUCAUCGUGUAUGGAUGUACAGUUGCCAUAACGGUGGAUCAUUAAGCACAGAGACAGAGGACACGUUCCCCGGCCUCCUAAACAACCAGGUGGUCCACAGGUAAAUGACCUUGAAGACCACCGAGAUCAGAUGAACCACCAGCCAUCAGCAGCACCCCCGAAGAGAUCAAAGAUAAACGCACCCCCCAACCACUA